AUGUACCUGGAUCCGCAGAAAAAGAACGAGGUCAGGACUUUGAAUCUACCGCAGAUGGAUGAGCACAGUGCGCACUUCCAUCAGCACAGUUCGGGACACGAGGAGGUCCCGGACCGGGGGGAAAAUGCGAGCACGUUGGAGGCAAGAUUGGAGCAGUCGUUGCAGAUGAAGGAGGGUGAGGAGGAGAAAAGUGACGGAACGAGGCAGCAGAAGAGGGAUUAUCCGAACUUUGAAGGCAGAAAGACUUCUGGGAAGUACACGUUGAACGACUUUAAGAUUCUAAGGACUCUCGGGACUGGCUCCUUUGGGAGAGUCCAUUUGAUAAGAUCAAACCAUAACGGAAGGUUCUACGCUUUGAAAGUGUUGAAGAAACAGACGAUUGUCAAGUUGAAGCAAGUGGAACAUACGAACGACGAGAGGUUGAUGCUUUCUGUAGUGUCGCAUCCAUUUCUCGUGAGGAUGUGGGGGACUUUCCAGGAUUCACAACAGGUGUUCAUGGUCAUGGACUACAUCGAAGGUGGUGAGUUGUUCUCCUUGCUAAGGAAAUCCCAAAGGUUCCCUACACCUGUCGCUAAAUUCUACGCUGCAGAGGUAUGCCUUGCGUUGGAGUACCUGCAUAACCUGGACAUAAUAUACAGAGACUUGAAACCAGAGAAUAUUCUGCUGGACAAGAACGGGCACAUCAAGAUCACGGACUUUGGGUUUGCCAAAUACGUGCCCGAUGUAACAUACACUCUAUGUGGUACCCCAGACUACAUUGCACCUGAGGUGAUGAGCACGAAACCGUACAACAAGUCUGUCGACUGGUGGAGUUUCGGCGUGCUAAUCUACGAGAUGCUGGCUGGCCACACACCGUUUUACGACUCGAACGCGAUGAAGACAUACGAAAAUAUCUUGAACGCGAAACUCAAAUUCCCAAGUUUCUUCCACGACGACGUGAAGGACCUCCUGACGCGGCUCAUCAACAGGGAUCUGUCACAGCGAUUAGGUAACUUACAAAACGGAACCGAGGACGUAAAGAGCCAUGUCUGGUUCAGCGAGGUGAUUUGGGAGAAACUACUGACAAGAAACAUAGAGACACCGUACGAACCACCCGUGCAACAGGGCCAGGGGGACACUUCUCAAUUUGAUAGAUACCCUGAAGAAGAGAUCAACUACGGCACAGAGGGCGACGACCCGUACGGUUCCUUAUUCACCGAUUUCUGA